ACAUUUCGCAUCACAUUUCAAACCAGAAGUUUGAUCCUUUCUACAACCUUCUGUUUUGUGAAAAAUCAUUCGACCUUUACGGAAGCCCUAUUGCAUGUCGGGAGAAAUCUGGGGUAACUUUAUUCAGGGUCUACCCUCAACUGAGGUCGAGUUUAUUGGGAAACAGUCAUGAAGUGGAUAUCACAGAUACUCGUCUGCAUGGUUAUGGUUGCGCUGACCGCUGUUAGCGCCUACCCACAGGGGCCACCACUUUGGUCCUGCGCAGAAAUGUUCCCAACUAAGCAUAAAGCUGAUGCGCAGACGUCUACUCCGAUCGUCAACAUCACACUGACAGAUGCACAAGGAAACGAAACGACGUCAUACCAGGCUGGCGAUAAUAUAACAGUGACGGUGUCAACAGCGGAUUCCCAAAAUAGCGACAUGUAUUUUAAGGGUUUGUUCGUGCAAGCAAGACGAGCUAACUGCACGUCUGACAAAAAGUCGGAACCAGUAGGAACUUUCAUCAUUGAUUCAAAUAGUAAAUUUUUGAAGACGAUGGACUGCGAAAAAAUGUCCAAGAGUGCUGUAGCCCAAAAGGUCAGCAUGAGGCAGACAACCCAGACAUUCACUUGGACCGCACCCAGCUCCAAAGUAGGCCAUGUGUAUAUACAAGCUACGAUUGUGAAGAACGUUAAGACGUUUUGGACCGGUGUAGCGUCAAACUUUCUGAAAGAUAAUGACGACAAAAGCAAGCCACAAGUCUGUCCCGUGCGCAAGAAAAAUGCUGCUAACGUCAAAACACCCGUCGUUGCUGUUGUUGUUCUAGGGCUUUGUAUCAGCAUGGCCAAUUUUGUCUCUUUCUCAUAGACUACUCUGUUUACAAAUCAACUGUCUCACAGAUGAGAGUCCUUAAAGACUAUUUUGAUAUCGUAAAUAUAUCAUCUUAAUUUAGUGUCAUUUUUAAAACAAAUUAUCCAAAAAUAUGUAUGUGAAUUUUUUUUUUUUGAUUUUAGGUUGUUUGUAUUCGACGUAACAGUUUUGUUAUAGUAUUGUUUUGGCCAGCUCUUUUUAAUACUAGUUUAGAUACAAACAACAUACGAAUUCCAUAAUGAUCUUUGUUUGAAAGGGAUAUCGAAUUCGUUUGUUUUCAUCCAAAUUUUAUAAACGUGGCCAAAAUAAAAUCUUUAUUAAAAACAUAUCAGAUCAGACCAAUGAAAAUAAUAAUAAAACUAAUAAUAAUAAUAAUAAUAAUAAUAAUAAUAAUAAAUAAACAAAUACAAUAAUAACAAAAAUAACGCUAAUAACUAACUAUUCAUAUGUCUUUUGGCCAUGAGUAAAAUUUAGUACCAUACGUUAAGUGUUGAAUAGCUAAUAAGCAGAGGGGCCUAUCCAAAAAUUAUCGGUUAUUAUUUUUUUUUUUAAUUGGUGUUUAUUUAUAUUUGGGGUAUACAUUUAAGUAGUGAAAAUUUGGGUCUUCACGAAUACUCGGGCAGGGCCGAGUCAAGCAACCCGUACAAGGAAGAACAUUCUCAUUUAAUUAUAUUUUUGUUUACGUCAUUUUGCCACAUGCUUGCCGCCGGUUACAUUAUAGAGCUAUGAGACAUGAAGUAAAACAAAAGACCAAGUCGAAUGUGUGGAAUGCAAUAUAAUGGCAUGAUCUGGCAUCCAUGUUCAGCGUUGGAAAUAAGGUGCAUAAUGCAAUUUUACUUUAUUCCUUAGUCUCAUCGUCAUCUCUUGUGUAAGUGUCGGGUACUCGGGUCCGGGUCGAGUUUGACCCUCGAGUACUCGAGUCCAAUAUUUUGGGCUCGUGGAGGCCCUAGUGACAAGACCCUAGUGACAACCAGGUGGUUAUAGAUUUGUCACCCUGGCUUGAGCAAGUUAAAAUAUUCAGGCAUCUCAGAUGUGUUGUGCUUAUUUUGUACUUCUUCUUCAUCCUCAUCCUGUUUUGAUGUCAAUUCGGUCAUAGACGUAAUCCUAGCCACGUUCGCGCGCGCGCGCGCACACACACACACACACACACACACACACACACACACACACA